UUUCAUUGGCAGGAAGAAAAAGCCUCUUAACACUCUUCUUCCUCGCCACUUCCUACUAAACAACAGCAACCUCCUAUGGCGGCAGCGGCGGCGGCGGCUCUACCACCACCGACUCAACAGAAACCAUCACUACCGAUGAGGCUAAACUCUUUUGUCGCCACCACCCGUGUCGGAAAGCGAUUCAAACUCACCCAACGAAACACAACCUUCACAACCGAACUCCGCGCCGGCACCGCCACUUUCCUCACGAUGGCCUACAUUCUCGCCGUAAACGCCAGCAUCCUCACCGACUCCGGCGGCACGUGCUCCGCCGCCGACUGCACACCCCUCUGCUCCGACCCGACCCUCCCCCUCUCCGCCUGCACCGGUCCGACCCACCACGUCAUCCAACCGGACAUUUCCUGCAAAUUCCGACCCGUCAACCCGGGUUACUCCGCCUGCCUGGAAACCACCCGAAAAGAUCUUAUAAUCGCCACCGGAGCUUCGUCGCUCAUCGGGAGUUUCAUAAUGGGCGUUUUCGCAAAUCUCCCUUUAGCCUUAGCUCCCGGAAUGGGCACCAACGCCUACUUCGCCUUCGCCGUCGUCGGGUUCCACGGGUCGGGUCAAUUACCGUACAGAAGCGCUUUAGCCGCCAUUUUCAUCGAAGGCUUAAUCUUCCUUCUAAUCUCCGCCGUCGGAUUACGAGCCAAAAUCGCCAAAUUAAUCCCAAAACCCAUCAGAAUCUCAUCCUCCGCCGGAAUCGGAUUGUUCCUCGCCUUCAUCGGAUUACAGAGCAAUCAAGGAAUUGGGCUAAUCGGGUACAACGCCUCGACCCUCGUCACCAUCGGAGCCUGCCCGAAGAAUUCCCGGGCAGCGUUAGCUGCAGUCGUAACUGCCCCGAAUGGAACGGUCAGUUUGCUCCGGAACGGCGCCGUUUCCGAUCAGAUUCUCUGCCUGAACAACCGAAUGCAAAGCCCCACGUUCUGGCUCGGCGUGGUGGGAUUCGCCAUCAUUGCGUAUUGUUUGGUGAAAAACAUCAAAGGCGCAAUGAUAUUCGGCGUCGUUUUCGUGACGGCGGUUUCGUGGUUCCGUAACACCGUCGUAACGGUAUUUCCCGACACGGCGGCCGGCGACUCUGCAUUUAAUUAUUUCAAGAAGGUCAUCGACGUUCAUUGGAUUAAAACCACCGCCGGAGCUUUGAGUUUCCGGGAUUUGGGGAAACCCCAUUUCUGGGAAGCGAUGUUCACAUUCCUUUACGUCGACAUUCUCGACACCACCGGAACUCUGUACUCCGCCGCCCGUUUCGCCGGAUUCACCGACGCCGCCGGCGACUUCGAGGGGCAGUAUUUCGCGUUUAUGUCAGACGCUUUUUCAAUCGUGGUUGGGUCUCUGCUCGGAACCUCGCCGGUGUCGACGUAUAUCGAGUCGUCAACGGGAAUCCGAGAAGGCGGAAGAACAGGGCUGACGGCGGUGACGGUGGCGGGAUACUUUCUAAUGUCGUUUUGGUUUACGCCGCUAUUGGCGUCGAUUCCGCCGUGGGCGGUGGGGCCGCCAUUGAUUCUGGUAGGGGUUCUGAUGGCGAGAUCAAUGGUGGAGAUCGAAUGGGGGGAUAUGAGAGAAGCAAUUCCGGCAUUUUUGACGAUGAUUUUGAUGCCAUUGACAUAUUCGAUUGCUUUCGGAUUGAUCGGAGGGAUUGGGACGUUCGUGGUGCUGCAUUUGUGGGACUGGUGCGGCGUCGUUUUGGAGAAGCUCCGAGCUCGUCAAAUCUGUUCUAACGGAAAUAAUGGCGGAAAAGAGAUUCCGUUGUCCGGUGGAAUCUCCCCACGGGAACGUCCAAAAACAUUAGAAGUUUGAUUUUUAUUUUGUUUAAUUACAAACUUACCCUCUUAUAUUGUAAAUAAAUUAA